AUUUAGUGAUCCUUAAAGAUUUACAUAUGGUAUGCACAUAUUUUUUACUUUUGGACAGAGCAACGCAAGCUGUUUUCCUCUGUUUCCAGUUGUUGAACUAAGAUAAACUAAGCCAACCAGAUGUUGCCUGUAGCUUUAUAUUUACAUUACAUAUAUGAAAGUGUUGUUGAUCUUCUAAUUAUCCUCCGGGUUUAUAUCCUUAUGGUUGAAAUGCACUUAUUGUAAGUUGCUUUGGAUAAAAGCGUCAGCUAAAUGACAUGUAAUGUAAUUAAUCACAUCUUAUAUUGUAGCCUGACUGUAAGUCUACAUCCCAACAAUGAUUUCUGACAAACCACAAUACAAACUGUAUUUACUAACCCCAGUAUUGGCGACAGAUUGUUGUUACAGCCCUCAGGACAGCUGUGGUGCUAAAGAUGUAAAGGAGCUCUAUCAGGGAGUUCUUGGGAAACUGCAGCUACUCCACCCUGGCCUGAUCACCGAGGAGAGAAUGGGAGAGGGAUGUGAGAGGAUGAGGAGGGAGGUGGAGAAGGAGGUGGUACGACGGAAGACUCUGGCCUCACAGCUGAGGACACUGCUCGACAGUCAGCUGCAGGUCUUGAGGCGAGAGCAGCAGGCUCAGCAGAGGGUGCACAGCGUGUUCAUAGCUCAGCUCAGAGAGUGCACAAGACUACUCUGCAAGGCUCACGACAACAAUCUCCAACAGAGUUUGACCCAGCGGCUGAGCGCCCUGGUAGAGGAGAUGGGAGAGCUGGUGUCAGCAGAGUGCCAGCGUCAGGGGGCCUGGGGGUUUCUGGGGGAGGGUACGGGGGCCAAGCUGCUCUGCCCUGACUCUGGAACCGUGCUGACCAAGGACCACAUCUUUGCUCCUGAUGGAUCCAUGCGUCCUUGCAGGGCCCUUCAUUGGGAUUCAGUCACAGGGCUCUUAAGGCCGAAUGCUCACAGCCACAUGCUGCUGAGCAGCGGCCACAACGUGGCAGUGCCACCUGAUUUCUUCAUCAACCCACAGACCGGCAGAGUGAUGCCCAUAGCGGGCAACGUGGCCUACGACCCCGCAAGCUCUACUCUGGUUUCCACCACAGGCUCGUGUUCAGGAGACAGCAGGAAGUGGGACAGUCCCCUCCUUCCUUUCCUUCCUUACCCAACCUCCAGCCACUCAGAACAGCCUCUGUCCAACACUCGUCUUAGAGGCCUCAGGCCGGGCCAGCAGUUGCAACUGGGAGUUCCCAUGGCGGACCCGGACACAGGAGUGCCAGUGCCAAUUCUGGCUGUGACCAUCCACCCCCAGACAGGACUCGUCUACCCACUGGGCGGGGUGCACGUCUGUCCCCUCACCCGCCUGCUGCAGCCCAUACAGAUUGGCUACCCCAUGCUGGACUCCAAAACGGGGAACGUUGUGCUCACUGUUGGGGUCAGUCUGGAUCCAGCAUCAGGAGUUGUGCUGCCAGUCGGUGGAGUCCUGCUGGCGGAGUCCUUUAUUGAACCUCUAAGUGGCCGGAUGUUGAGAGUGGGAGGUGCAAUCAUGCAGACUGGGCAGCUGCUGCCUAACGCUGGUGGAUACCAGACCUUCCUAGACAGCAAGGUUCUGUCCGUGCUGUUCAAAGUGUUGGAGCUUCUGAAGACACUGACUGACGUGUGGGGAUCAGAUCAAAAUUUGCAGCACCAUCAGGGCAGCGAGAGAGGGAACGGCCGCCAAGAUCAUCUGGUAGCUGCAGCCAAAGAGCUCCAGCAGGCCUGGGGACGCAGCCUGCACUGCCAGAUGCAGCUGCAGACCAGGUUGGGUAUCCUCCUUGACUGGGCUGCAGGUCUGCAGAAGGAUGGCGGGACUUUGGGAGAGAUGCCUCUCCCAGGUUCAGAUGUGUGUGUGCCCGCUCUGCUGGGGAUGGAGUACCCUGACCCCAUGGGAUCUGGUCUGAGUGUGCCCGUGCUGGGGGGUCAGACAGACUUUGUCUCUGGAAAAAUAAUACCGCUGGCCGGUACCAUGGAGGACCCCGAUGGAAAAGGCCUGGUGGCUAUCUGUUACGCUUCUCAGACUGUGGACCCGGUGACUGGGGUGUUGACCCCAGUGGUUGGAGCCAGGUUGGAUGCGUCCAGGAAACACGUUGUGCCAGUCACAGCCUCUUACUGGCUGACGGUGGCCAGUGAAACUGACAGUGUGCAGGUGGAGGCGCUGCAGAGGGAAGUGUGUGCGCGAAACACUUACUGGCAGCAGCAGAGGCAGCGGGAGGAAGAUGUUCUCUCUGACCUGGACUUAGCCGCCUUCCAAUGUCUCUUUAGAGUUACAGAAACAAAGUCUCAUCAGGUCCAGUGGUCGGGGAUGCAGCUGAAGGAAGCAGCCAUGGAACUGCAGGGUUCGGCGCAGAUGGAAGUACAAAGGAGAGCAGCUCGGCGCUCCCAGUUGGCUCUGAUCUUGCCUCUGCAUGUAUUACACAUCCUCACGCAGGGUGACGAGGAAGCGUGGGAAAGGCAGUGUGCGUGGCACUCAGAGCUUGUGGCAGGCCUUGAUAAGCUGGAUGUAAGUAUGGAGCAGCUGCAACAAGACCAAGAAAAAUGGACAGCACAAGGAGGAGACUGGGCUUCAACCAUGCAUGCUACGGACAGAGAGCUGAGACAGCGAGAGUUGUGGGAGCAGUGUUGCUCCAGACUGACAGAGUUGGAAGCUGCUCUUAACGCACUGCAUUCUGUCAGACACCUCUCUCAACUCCGCGCAGACACUGCUCAGGCAGUGCUGUGUGGAAACUUUUGGUAUAGGGAAUAUGGUCUGGUCAAGUGCAGUGGACACAGGCCGACUGUGGAGCGCAGGGGUUUGCUUCAACAGAUGGCUUUGCCUCUGCUGGAGAGACUGAACAAGCUCCUGGAAGACAAACAGCCUACCAGCUCCUCUCCCAACACCUGCAAUCAGCACAUUUCUGGUUUGUCGACAAAGCAGGCGUAUGGGUUGGAGAUAGCCUCUGGAGUCUGGACAGCCUCUGUUCCCAAAGUAACAGGAAUCUCCACACAGUCAUUGAGGGAGCCUGUCAAUUACGCUGCAGGCCAGGACACUGAACCUCCGGCCGACUUAACGACACACAACACGCAGAGACACACUGCAUCCGACGGCAUUUACUCACAGGACACAAACCAGAGCUUCAUAGACGUCCUGGAUGCUCAGUGGGAAUGUGAAGGAGAGCUGAUCCCUUUGGACCUCUCUGUCCUUAACCCCAGAGAGCUUUUGGUCUACCAGCACGGACUGUUCCUCAUGCACACAUUGCAUGGUUUAAAACUGACACCAUCCAUUUCACUUCAGAUUGCAGCUAGUCUCCCAAACAACAGCUACCUAAAAAACGCCUUCAGAAACUCCUUCUUUUAUCAGGAGGCAGAGGGGACGCUCUUUGUCCGUCGCCAGAGGCUGAAGUCGGUUGGAGGUUUCUCCCUGCUGCUGCUCCACUGUCUGUCCCACAUCAAGAUACACAACAUGAGCUCGGACUCCAGUCCUGUCUUCCAGAGGCUUUUCUUCAAGGUACUGCAGGGAUGUUUGGGGGAGCUGUUUCAUGCCAGACUGGGUGUGACCUCCUCUGGACAGGAACACAGUCGGUCUGUGUUACAGGACCAAGAGACCCCAUCUGGAGUUUUAAAGAGGAGCCUUUCAGACUCCCAUGCUGCUUCACUGCUUUGCGGGUCUCAAACACCAAGCAGAGGAUUUCUGUCUGAAGAUGAAGUUGGGGAACUACAGAGGAAACACAGAGAGACCAGUCUGCUCACCCAUCUUGAAGGACUUUUGAGAGAGAAAAGCUCUCUGUGAGGAAAAUUCUUCUUCUUGAAAGAGAAGAAACAGGAGGGUUCUUUUAUUGCGAGCGUUAUGAGGGGCUCUUUUCAAAACUCUUUUUUUCAGUUUCAGAAGCAAGCUGGCCACCCUAGACAAUGAAGGUCUCCAGAAUUUCUCUCCCCACAGUGGGUAAAAUUACCUUAACAUUAAUUAAAUUAGUUAAAUUAGUUCAAAUCAACACUCUUAAAAAAACACACGUAACAACAGCAAAGCCAAAUGAAUCAAACACAAAUAAUUGUUUGACCCUUCACUUCCAGCAGCUGUGUAAAAAGGAGGCUUGCGCAAUAACUUCUACAAUUUAAUAGAAUCCAGCUGAGGUAGAAACUCAGGACUCCUCCCUCAUUCCUCUCUCCGUUUACAGCACCCCCCUGGCCCCCUCACAUCUUUAAGAUGAAAAGUCUCUGUUGCUGGCUUGGUUGUUACUGGCACGUUAGCCCACAUUAGGCUUGUUGGAGAUCAACACUACACAACACUGAAAAACCGGACAACAAAUUAUUCUACGCACAGGAACUACCUUUUAUCCACAAAAUAAGCAUGCUAUGCUCCGUGUGAUAAUAACGUGUUUUUUUACAUGAGCGGUUUUCAGUGCAGAUUUUUCAAACAUAUUGAUACCUUAAUCCAGCAUAAAGUAAAUUAAGCUUUAAUCAGGAACCAUAAAACUGGUCAUUAUGACAUUAAGUACACUUUACUUAUACGGUAACACAAUCUUAACGCUAAAUAAUAUAUGUCCCAUGAGCCACAAAGAAAGGCACAUUUUUAAAAAAGUGUUUUUUUUAUUCAAUUAUUUUUUGGAAACAGCAAAACAGUUUUGUCCUUUUAACACGUAACAACAGGAAAGCCAAAUGAAUAUUAAUCAAACACAAAUAAUUGUUUGACCCUUCACUUCCAGCAGCUGUGUAAAAAGGAGGCUUGCGCAAUAACUUCUACAAUUUAAUAGAAUCCAGCUGAGGUAGAAACUCAGGACUCCUCCCUCAUUCCUCUCUCCGUUUACAGCACCCCCCUGGCCCCCUCACAUCUUUAAGAUGAAAAGUCUCUGUUGCUGGCUUGGUUGUUACUGGCACGUUAGCCCACAUUAGGCUUGUUGGAGAUCAACACUACACAACACUGAAAAACCGGACAA